AUGUCCAAGUGUGGGAAAGACGCUGUUCCUCCGUGCGCGAGUCCCGUGAGCGUCACCCAGUCCGAUGAUUCCACGCGAUUUCUGAUUUGCGGAGACACCGAUGGAGAGUUCGCCACUUUGGCAUUUCAUCUCCGAGCCGUCGAGCAACGCCAAGGCCCUUUCAGUUUCGUUUUGUGUUGUGGGAAGUUUUUCGGAGACAAUAAUCCGCUAGAGAUUUCAACAGUCUCGUCAAGUGCGCAGGAGAACGUUAAGGGCUCAGAAGAGAAGAACGGGGACUCUCAAGAUCCGAGCAGCUCAAAUGCCUCAUAUAUCAAUGGGGAAGUACAAUUUCCUGUUCCUGUUUAUUUCAUUGAUUCGAGCGCGUGCCCGAUUAGUGAAUAUUUGCGCGUGGAGCAUCCAGAUGGUCUCGCGAUUACAUCAACUUUAAGAUUUCUGGGAGCUUUUGGAUUCUACAAUAUUUCUGGAUUCACGAUUGGAUAUCUCUGUGGAAAAUACGACUCAAGUGUUUUUUUUGAAGAAAUGGACGAUGAAGAAAGCAUAGAGCUACCCAUUCAUGCCGAAGCAGAAGAAGAGGCGCUCAAUGAAAAUGUGUCGUGCAAAAAUGUUUCUGAUAGCGAUCGAAAAGGAAACAGAAGAAAGUUCUUUGGAGGACUUUAUUCGAGCUUUUACUGUCGUUCUACACUUCAAAGACUCAAAGAGAUAGGAGCGACUCACAUCGGCAAGACUGACAUUUUCGUCUCCUGCGAAUGGCCAGCAGGACUUGAUGAAGCGCUUCUUGUUCAACAAAAACAGGAUUAUGCUUCUGUGAUCGCGUUGAGCCAACAGGAGAAAUUGAAGUCGUUGAAGACAGAAAGCCUCCUUUCAUCGUCCCCCGCAGUAUCUGAAAUAGUUGAAAUGCUUGAGCCGCGUUUCCAUAUUGCAGCCGGUGAAGACGUUUUUUAUCAGCGUCCAAUCUAUAGAACAUCUGAAAGAGGUCUCGCUUCCAGAUUUAUCGGUUUGGGGCCUUUACGUUUUGCUCAAAGGGUCGCAGCGGAGAAACGUCUUAAGUUCAUCCAUUCUUUGAUUCUGAAACCAAUGACUAAAUUAUCUGAUCAAACAAUAUUAGCAGUCCCAUUGUCAAGCACCUCGAGUCCUUACUUUUCUUUGUACAAUCCCCGAAGCACGUCAAUCACAUCCCAAUCACUCGAAAGUCCUUCUCGUUUCAAACGUUCUCGUUCUGAGUCCCAUCCAUUUCCAGCUUCUUCCCCCGCAAGGGUUCCGUGCGUCUCUGAUUUUGUCCGUGGAUCCGACGAUCCUACGGAAGCAAAACGACAACGCGUGUCCGACCCCGUGCCUCCCCUUUCGCAAUCGCCUUUGGGAGUUCUCAAGUCUCUUUUCUCAAACAAUUCCGACGCCGCUAGCCCUUGGUCCAACAAACCGCGUGAUGAGUCUGAAUCUUGUACUUCCAUUUACGUCACAAACAUCCCAUACGAAGUUGAUCAAGAGAGUUUCAUGGAAGUGAUGAAAUCUUUCGGAUCGAUCGCAUCCCACAGUUUUCCGCGCUCUUCUGAAGGAAAAUCAGCAGGCAGAGCGUGGAUAACAUACGAUGGCAUUCAAUCAGCAGAGCGAGCAGUUGCAGCAACAGAUCGACUUGAAGCUGGAGGUCGAUCGCUCAAAAUUCAAUUUAAUCACUCAUUUUCGUCUAGAAAAAAGUUUCCUGAAGAGAAACAAUUACAAAGAAGAUCCUCUCAGGCAAUUGAUGUUAGACCGCAUUCUGAUUGCUGGUUUUGUUUGGCGAAUCCAAAUUGCGAAAAACGUCUAAUCGUCGCAAUCGGUGACAAGGUCGGACCAAAUCUCUCUCUCAUCUUCUUUGAUUCUUUCUCGUUUUCUCAACUGUUGCAUGAAUUGAUUCCUUCUUUUCAGGUUUAUGUAGCUUUAGCAAAGGGAGGAAUUGUUCAUCAACAUGUUCUCAUCAUUCCUGUGACUCAUUGGCCGAAUUUCAGUCGAGCGGAACGUGCAGGAGCGUGCCUUCAAGUUUUAGCGAAAGAUGAAACAAUUUCGUCGCUUCGUCGUCGCAUUGUUGAUCCUGUUACUCAAUCCUACUUCUAUGUUGAACUUCCUGGGUCUCAUCCGGAUCAGGUGGAGCGCCUCUUGUAUACAACUCCGUCCUCCAGCGACAAUCAAGCGAAUCGCUUGCCCUUCAAUUUCGGUCGUGAAGCAAUCGCCGCUUUGAUGGAUAUUCCGCAGCGGUCUGAUUGGAAGCGUUGCGUUGAAUCUGAAAGUGUUGAAAUACAAUUGGCGCAACAAAUGCAAAAGCUUUUUUGUUCAUUUCAACCUAAAUAG